GUUUAACUAUACUAUGACUUCAUUCGAUGGCAUUGUCAAAGACAUCGGCGGCAUCCACACGCAGCUGAUGGACCACUCUGCGUUCGCACAGCGCGAGGCCAAAGCGUUUGUCAAGGAGUUUGAGCAACGACGAGGCGAGAAGGACGUGCAGAAUCUGUCCUCGUCGCUCGAGCUCAUGACUGCCGCCGACACGGUGCUGCUGCCAGACACACUCGAGCUGCUCAGCCAGCAUCUGUCAUCGCUCCAAGUGAAACUAUACGAGUCCGAAGCGCUGUGUCGCUCCAUGGAAGACACGGAGCACGAAAAGAAGCGCAAUCGCACGGCAUCCGUGUUGUCAACGACGGCCUCUGCCAUCACCACGAGCAGUGGAGGGGGCGAAUCAGCUGCCGACCAACCCGUUUCUGCUGUUGCUGCUGCUGCGACUGCCGACGACACUGCCGCGGUCCCUGCACCCACCGAAUCGCCAGUCAGCAGUCCUUGAUGAUGAGUGCGUUGUGAUGUGUUGAUUUUCUGUAGAGCUUGGUUGUGUUUCGAUUGUGCGACGCAAAAUUCUGGAUUUUUGGUGUGCGUUGCUCUGAGCAUUCUCC